AUGGCGGAAGGAGGAGCGGCAGAUCUGGAGACCCAGAGAGGAGAGGUCGCGGCGCUGUUGAAAACACAGCUGAAAAAGGGAGACACUUGGUACCUGGUGGACAGUCACUGGUUCAAACAGUGGAAGAAAUAUGUGGGGAUGAACAGUUGGGACAAAUACCAGAUGGGUGACCAGAAUGUCUACCCAGGACCAGUUGAUAACUCCGGUCUUCUCAGAGAUGGGGAUGUGCUGGCUAUUAAGGAGCACCUCAUCGAUGAGCUUGACUACAUCCUGGUCCCCACAGAGGGCUGGAAUAAGCUCGUCAGCUGGUAUGGAUUAACAGAGAAUCAGGAGCCAAUUGCACGGAAGGUGGUAGAACAGGGUAUGUUUGUGAAGCACUGCAAGGUGGAGGUGUACCUGACAGAGCUGAAGCUCUGUGAAGACAGCAACAUGGACAAUGUGAUCACCAGACGCUUCAGUAAAGCCGACACAAUAGACAUGAUAGAGAAGGAGAUGAGGAAGCUGUUCACCGUCCCUGAUGAGAAGGAGACCAGGCUGUGGAACAGGUACAUGAGCAACACCUUUGAGCCUCUCAACAAACCAGACAGCACCAUUCAAGAUGCCGGCCUCUACCAAGGACAGAUUCUCGUAAUAGAGCAGAAGAGUGAGGAUGGCUCAUGGCCCCGAGGCUCCACGGCACCCAAGUCAUCUGGUGCUUCCAAUCUCUCUGCUUUGCCAAAGAUCUCGCCUUCAUCUCUCACAAACAAUCAUAACAGCAGCUUCAACAGCAGGAAUGUGAAGAAUUCAAGCUAUAGUCUACCGUCCUACCACCCCUACAGCAACAGCUAUGACUACUCAGACCAGAGCAGGCAGAGUGAGCGCUCGGGCCUCUGUGGACUCUCCAACCUGGGCAACACCUGCUUCAUGAACUCUGCUGUGCAGUGUUUAAGCAAUAUCCUUCCUCUGACGGAGUACUUCCUCAAAGACAAGUUCACAGACGAGAUGAAUGAAGACAACCCGCUGGGCAUGAAGGGGGAGAUCGCCAAAGCCUACGCCGAGCUGAUCAAGCAGCUGUGGUCGGGCAAAUUCAGCUAUGUCACCCCAAGGCCUUUCAAGACCCAGGUGGGCCGCUUUGCCCCACAGUUUUCGGGCUACCAGCAGCAGGACUCUCAGGAGCUGCUGGCCUUUCUCCUGGACGGCCUUCACGAAGACUUGAACCGCAUCAGGAAGAAGCCCUACAUCCAGCUAAAGGAUGCUAACAGCAGGCCUGACAAGGUGGUGGCGGAGGAGGCGUGGGAGAACCACAUCAAGAGAAAUGACUCCAUCAUUGUGGACAUCUUCCACGGCCUUUUCAAGUCCACCCUGGUGUGUCCUGUGUGCUCCAAGGUCUCUGUGACCUUUGAUCCUUUCUGCUACUUGACCCUGCCCCUGCCCAUGAAGAAGGAGCGGACACUGGAGGUCUACCUGGUCAGACUGGACCCCCUGGCCAAACCCACACAGUACAAGCUGACUGUGCCGAAAGUGGGCUACAUCUCUGACCUGUGUACCUCCCUCUCCAACCUGUCUGAGGUGCCUGCUGAGAAGAUGAUUGUAACUGACAUCUACAACCACCGUUUCCAUCGGAUCUUCGCCACCAACGAGAACCUCAGCAGCAUCAUGGAGAGAGAUGAUAUCUAUGUAUUUGAGUUGGCGGUGAACCGGGUGGAGGACACGGACCAUGUGGUGAUCCCGGUGCACCUGAGGGAGAAGUACAAACAGUCGGGCUACAACCACACCAGCACGCCGCUGUUCGGACAGCCCUUCCUCCUCGCCGUGCCCAGAACCCUCACUGAAGACAAACUCUACAACAUGCUGCUCCUGCGCCUCUGCCGCUUUGUGCGAUCUUUAGUGGUGGAGGAGGAAGAGGAUUGUGAAGAGACACAGCCGUCCAAACAACACGCUGUCAACGGUAACGGCACUAAUGGACUGCUGGAGGAGGGGUCGCCGAGCGAGAUGGAGACGGAUGAGCAGGACGACGAGUCCAGUCAGGAUCAGGAGCUGCCCUCUGAGAACGACAACAGCCAGUCUGAGGACUCUGUGGACAACGAACUGGAGAACGGUGUGGUUGGCCCACAGAACUCCACCAAAGGCCAGCAGACGGCAGGGCUCAACAGACAGAGGCUUUUCACAUUCCAGUUCAAUAACAUGGAAAAGACGGACUUCUCCCUCAUCAAGGAGGACACCAGGCAGAUCCGCUUUGACGAGGGCCACCUCCGACUCAGUGACCGCUCUUAUCUCUCGUUGGACUGGGAACCAGAGAUGAAGAAGAAGUACUUUGAUGAGACUGUCGUCGAGGACUUUGACAAGCACGAGAGCAUGGAGUACAAGCCUCACAAGAAGGCUUUCUUCAAGCUGAAAGACUGCAUUGAACUGUUCACCACGAAGGAGAAACUGGGAGCGGAGGACCCAUGGUACUGUCCAAACUGUAAGCAGCACCAACAGGCCACUAAGAAGCUGGACCUGUGGUCUCUGCCGCCGGUGCUGGUGGUCCAUCUGAAACGCUUCUCCUACAGUCGAUACAUGAGGGAUAAGCUGGACUCCCUUGUUGAUUUUCCACUCAGAGACCUGGACAUGUCUGAGUUCCUGAUCAACCCCAACUCCGGGCCCUGUCACUAUGACCUCAUUGCUGUGUCCAACCACUAUGGCGGGAUGGGUGGAGGCCACUACAUGGCGUACGGCAAGAACAAAGACGACGGGAAGUGGUACAACUUUGAUGACAGCAGCGUGUCUCCCGUCAACGAAGAUCAAAUAGUGUCCAAAGCCGGCUACGUGCUGUUCUACCAGCGCCAGGACACGGUGAAAGGCACUGGCUACUUUGCUCUCGACCGCGAGGAGGAAGAGGACGAGGAGGACGAGGAGGACGAGGAGGAAGGUGAAGUUGGGGAGAAUGGCGAUGAGAGGCAGGAGAGAAACACCCCCUCAUCCGCUCAAGGGGCCUCUUGUUCCGCCUCGUCUGCCGCAGCCGCCGCAGCCACUCCGAGUGACGAGGAGGACCUGAACGAGAACCGCCGCCGAAAGAACGACAAUGAGCAGGCCGAGGAGGAGGAGGAGGAGCAGGAGCAGGAGCAGCAGCAGGAGCAGCAGGAGGAGCAGGCGCCCAAUCGAAAUGUCACCAUGAAAACCAACUGAGGCGAUCGAGGACACAAAUACAUGGAGAGAGAGACGAGGAUCUUUCCAUCCAAAGCCAUAUGGACACACAGCAUGGCAGCGGACGCCAGCGGGCGCCACCGGUCCCACCCAGCGGCUCGGACUCGGACGCUCGACAGGCCGAGCCACGGCGGGGGUGGCGGCUGUCAGGUCGGGGGGAGCUGCCGCGGUACGCAACUCUUAAGAAAUCAGGGCCCUUGUCUGUGGUUGGAUCACUGUGUGUGUGUGUGUGUGUGUGUGUGUGUGUGUGUGUAUAAAGUGUGUGUGUCGCCACGUCCAUUUGUUUAGGGUUUGCUCACCUGCUCUCUGUAAAAGAGUCACUGAAAGACAUUGGAGGCGAAUGGAGAGGCGUUGCGCUCUCAAUCGCCUCCCUUUUGCUUUUUGCGUUUCUUGUUUUUUUUUAAUAUAUAUAAUUAUGAUUUUUUUUUUUUAGAGCAAUGCAUUAUUGGAAUAUCAUUUUAUUAUCAUAGACUGUGUACAUAUUUUAAACAAUGAAUUAUAUCGGGUUUUCAUGAUGCGCUGAAACCUUUUGAACUUGCACAAUCACCAAUCACCAACCAUCCACCUUUUUUUGUUUUUAUGUAUUAUUGCCAGACAUACUGCAAUUGUGUACCAUAACCGUUGUCUCUCAGAGGGCUUUCUCACGUAACGGGCUUCAGGAAGCAGUGAGACGCGUGUACAGUCUAGACUUCACGUAGAGAAGUUAUGCUCGUAGUUGGUUUUAUACAGUGUCGAACAGCCAAACUGUCUUAGCUUUGUGCUGCUGCUGCUACUGCUGUAAUCUUGCAUUUUUAGACAGAUUAUUAGUAUAUCGGCAUGAACUUUAGUGAUUUAAGGUCCCGCUUUUGCCGUCUCUCUCUGGUCUUCUCUGUUGAUAAUGUGUACUUCUGGAAACCUGAACAAAUUAAGCAGGAUUUUGAAGUUAUCCAGUUAACUUUGCAAAAAAGAAAUAGCUAAACAGAUUCUAACUUUGCACAUUUUAUCUGCAAAAAUGACUAAGUAGAAUAUAUUUCACUCUGUCUUAAUAAACUCAACAUAAUUUGCAGGGAUUGCAACGAAUAUCUGUUUAAAAGUUAGCUAGCCGACUCUUAAAUCCUCCGCCACAAAUCUCAUCAACUCUCCCUCGAGUUAACAGGUAAAGGCUCUACCACGACUCUCUCUCUCUCUCUCUCUCUCUCUCUGCUCUUCAUCUCUCUCGGCUCUUCAUCUUCGAGGCACUGUGAGAUUAGGAACAUCGGUGAUUUUCGCUGGCAUCAGAUGGAUCAUCUCUUGUUUCGAAUCACCUCGGCCUUAACUCUUAAUCUCAGACCGGUCGCCUUUUUUUCUUUGCACAUAACUAAUCUCGCCCUCUUUCUCGCACGGCCACCAACACGCGUGCACGAAUGUCCGUCUCGUUUGUCUGCUCGUUAACAUCGCAGCCAUGUCAUCUCGCCACAAGAGGGCCAGAAUGUAUGUUGAAUGGUAUGAACACUGACCAGAUGUAUGUGGUUUUUAUUUUUAUCUUUAUAGGGCCAGGUUUUUUUUAUUUUUUAUGGCUCCAUAUUUUGGUUUGGUUGAAUGUGAUGGUAAAGGGUUGUUUGCCUUUGGUAUUAGCUGUAUGGGGGGGGGGGGGUAAGAUGCUGCUUUGUGGUCCUGAGCUUCCUGGUAGGGACAAAAGUGAAAGGUGUGGUGAGUCUGCCUAAAGGGCCCAUCAGCUUUUGGGAUCAUGAUACAGUGAACAUAUUUUGUGGCAGAUUGUUGCAGGAUAUUCCUCCAUCAAUGUGACUCAUGAUGAAACUAUUCUCCAUGGUGGAGUGCUAUGUUUUUCUUUUUCUACCCGUUCUGCCAUUGUAAACAGCAUUAGCGUCCGUGUCAGAAUAUUCAAUGUGUACGAAGCCUUUAUACGAGCGUCUCUGCUUCGACUUCAGCCGGCUUGGUUGCCUCAGCGCUGCCUCGCCUUUUGCCCCCCCCCCCCCCCCCCCCC